CUCAUCUCUUUUGAUAUUCCCUUUCCUCUGCAUGCACGCAUCACCACGGAAGCAGAAUAAAGACCUCCGACACGGCGGACAAUCAUCUCCAAAACAUGGAUUCAGGAACAAGAUGCAGAGCUGCCGGUGAUAAGCAACAAUCUCCGGCCAAACUCGAGUUGAGUCGCAUGGUGCAGCAAGUGGAAGUGAGGACUUCCGAGGAUGAUUGGACUGGAAUUAAAGAUGCUGCAGAAAGGAGGAAGCUCCAAAACCGUCUGAAUCAAAGACUUUAUCGUCGAAGACGAGGUGCGAAGCCAAAGGUUGCUCCUCAACAAGGGAAAACCAAGAUUGAUGCUGCAAUACUGGCUAUUACUCAGCCCGAGCCAAAUCUCAGGGGGGACGAGAAGGAAUCUGCCACUUCUGGUUCUUCCAAUUCAAAAUCUACUACUCUAAGCUCUGGGGAUAGCGACUCUAGGAACAGCCAAGUCACCCAUCCAAAUAGAUAUCGACUCCGUGAACUCAAUCGAUCGCAAAUCUACGAUCUGAUGCUUCAAUUCGAAGCGAGCACACGACAGGAUUAUUUGGUCGGCUCUCCACGAACCGACCAGCUCCUCACACUCAUCCAAUUUAACGUCUUCCGCGCCCUCCUCUCGAAUACAGCGACUCUCGGAAUAUCUUACGAAUGGCUCGGAAGCGACGAAGCCAUCUCGCCACUGUCCUCUCCAGUCCCAGGCAUUAACCCCUUUACACCUGUUUCCCUCCUACCCACCGAACUGCAGAGAACGAUAACUCACCACCCGUGGAUUGAUGUCUUUCCGUUUCCAGCUAUGAGGAACAAUAUGCUGCUCGCGGAAGACCAGUACGACGAGAUGGCUCUUUGCAAUGAUCUCGUUGAAUUUUGCACCCUUCCGAAUGAGAAAACGGGGUUGAUUGUGUGGAAAGAUCCUUGGGAUCCGAGUGGAUGGGAGGUCAGUGAGACGUUUGCUCGACGAUGGACUUGGGUGAUAAAAGGCUGUCGGGAGCUGCUCGAAAGUACGAAUUAUUGGAGGCAUAGCAGGGGAGAAGGCCCGUUGGUAUGGGAAGUGUGAGCAUUGAUUCUGGUCGGGUCACGUGAACAGUCAUAUUUUUGGUACCCAGGAAUGGAGCGCUUGGUCUUUUGAUACCUUGGGAUAUGAAGAUAUGAAACCAAGUGGGCAAUAUUUUGGGGUUGACGAUUGCUGGGUCUUCCAAGUGACCUACUGGAUGCGCAAGAUCAGACUUAGGUAGGGCAUCCUGCGCCAACUGCGCUAGUCGCGCUGGAUGAGCUGGAUGCGCUAAAUGCGCUAAAUGCGCUGAUUGCGCUGAAUGUGAGGAAUAUGCUGCAAGUUUUGAAGCAAGCUUUGAACUGAGAGUCACAACUGAGCUGUUAUUCGAUCUUUUUGGAGAUCCCAUUCAUUUGGCACGUCUAGGAAUGAUGGUG